ACACACCAUGCCCUCAUCUCACCACCAAUUCACAAGCACCGUUCACCAUGGACAUGAUAGGUACCUCCUCCUCCCGCCGAAGAGCUCUGGAGACACGGACUAUCCGCCAACCGUCGUCCACAAUGCGCUCGUGGGCUAAAAGCAGUCCUCUGUCUUUCAAAAGAACCGCAAAUGUGACCGCAACAAGAUCUGCGUACAGUCCUUCCGUGCUCGCGUCUCCGGAUGGGUUCGAUUUGAGCGCGGCGCUCAACGGAGACCCGACGCGUCAUAACGAGAAGGAGCAGCUCCAUGGGCUCAACGACCGCUUCGCCAGCUACAUCGACAAGGUCCGCUUCCUCGAGGAGCAAAACAAGCAGCUCGAGGCUGAGAUCCAAGCGCUAAAGCAGCAGAAACUGUCGCAGUCCCUGCAGAGCGAUGGGUACGACCGCGAGCUCCAAGACCUGCGCUGCGCCCUGGAGCAGCUCCACAAGGAGAAGGCGCAGAUCAUGCUGGACACAGAGCACAUGGAUGAGGACCUCCAGCGGAUCCGGGAGCGCUAUGAAGAUGAAUCCAGGCUCAGAGAGCACGUGGAGGCGGCGAUCCGAGGCAUGAAGAAAGACAAGGACGACUCGGUUAUGAUGAAGCUGGAGUUGGAGAGGAAAGUCCAGUCGCUCGUGGACGAAAUUGACUUCGUGCGGCAGAACCACGAGGAGGAGAUCAGCGAGCUUCUGGCUCAGCUUCAAGCCGCGCAGGUGCCGGUGGUGGAGAUGAGGGACCUCCAGAAGACCGACAUCACCUCUGCGCUCCGGGAGAUCCGCGCGCAACUGGACGGGCUCUCCUCCAAGAACCUCCAGCAGGCUGAAGAGGUGUUCCAGUGCCGCUAUGCCAUGCUGACGGACGCCGCGGAACAGAACAAGGAUGCUAUAAAGUCAAUACGGGACGAGAUCAGUGACUACCGCCGUCAGAUCCAAGCCAAGAACGUUGAACUGGAGACUCUUCGAGGCACCAAAGAUUCACUGGAAAGGCAGCUGCAUGAUAUCGAAGACCGCCACAACAGCGACGUUGCCAGUUAUCAGGAAAUGAUUCAUCAACUGGAAAAUGAUCUAAAAGGAACAAAAUGGGAAAUGUCUCGUCAUCUUCGGGAAUAUCAGGAUCUGCUCAAUGUCAAGAUGGCGCUGGAUGCUGAAAUAGCAGCUUACAGGAAACUACUGGAGGGUGAGGAGACGCGCUUCCGUACCGUCUCCGGAAGUAUUUCAAGCGCUGCGUUUGCAUACAGCCAGCCCAGAUCCUCUAAGGUCAAACAUAAAAUAGUGGAGGAGAUCAUUGAGGAGACUAAAGGAGAGAGUGACAUCGAUGAUGACCUGGCGGAGGUGGCGAAAGAGGUGGCAGAAGAAGCUGGUGAGGGUGAAGAGGAGAAACAGGAGGAAGAGGAGGAAGAGGUUGUUGCCGCCAGUCAGGCCAAAGUGAGUUCCGCCGCUCCUGAGGGAGAAGAAGAGGAAGAGGAAGGAGAAGAUGAGGACGAAACAGCAGAAGAAGGAGAGGCGGCUGAGGAGGAAGAGGAAGAGGAAGAAGAGGGUGAGGAAGAAGAGGCACAAGUGGAAGUGAUUGAGGAAACAAAACUGUGUGGAGACAAAUCGCCAAAGUCAGACAAAGGAGGCAGCGACAAAGAAGAAGAAGGAAAAGUAGAGGAAGAGGAGGACGCUGAAGAACAAGAGGCCGAAGCGAAAGAACAAACCAAAGAUGAUGACGAUAAGGAAGAAGCGGAUGAAAAAGACGACGACGAGACCAAAUCCGAAGGAGAGGAAGAGAAGAAAGACGAGUCUGGAGGAGAGGAAACAAAGAGCGACAAAAAAAGCGAUGUGGAGGAAGACGAAAAGAAAUCCCCCGUAAGUGAAGAAAAGGAGAAACCGGGAAGCCCAGCCGAGGAAAAGCAGCAGGAAGAAAAACAGGAAGUUGUUCGCAACGGCGAGCAGACGAGCCCGGCCAAAGAGGAAGCUAGCCCGAAAGAAGAGGUCCAAACCAGAACAGUGGAGACCAUCACCAACGGAGACAAGCAGAGCAAAGCUGACGCGGAGGAAAAGCCUCAGGAGAAGAAGAAAGUCGCCAAAAAGGUGGAGAAAGUCACUCCGGAAGCCAAGAAGGAAAUCAAAGGAAAAGACUGAUGCCGAUGAUUCUGGCGGGAAAUUAGUUAUAAUCAAUUGUUCGAAAUAAUUCUAUUUGAUGCAAAAUGUGAAAAUGACGCAGCUAGCGAAAAUAAUUGCAUGCGUGUUAAACGAUUAACUUGCAUGCGUGGUUUUGGGAGGACGUCGCCAUGCUGAGCUGUUGCGUCCAGCGCGUUUGAAUUAAAGUGCAAACACAUUACGCUGCUAACGACUCGAACCAUCUCUGUUAACGAGAGAUUUCACGGCGAUGAUGUGAAGUUCUCCAGCAGCUGUUCGGCAAUAAUGGUGCUACAACAAUAUCAUCAUUCGCAGGCACACUUUGAGCAGAAACUCCUUCAUUUCAUCUGCAUACUACUUGCCUUAAGACACAAUGCACUGAACCAAUGAUAAGAGUCGGGUUGUUAACGCUAAACACAAAAGCUGUUUGCAAUGAUACUGUGAAAGCUAACUGGUGCUGCUCUUUGCAAUAUCACAUAAAUCAAUAAAAGCUCAUCAAGUCCUUACAAA